AUGUCUGUGUUCCAGGUGAAGAAGGACAAGAAAAGCAAGAAGAAAGCUGCCACCAGCAGUGAUGAGGAGGACGAUUCCGACUCCAGCACCAAACCCAUUAGGUCAGAGAAGAAGAAAAACCCAGCAUCCCUCUUUCAGACUGGUGGGGACCCCCCAAAAGAGAAAAAAUCCAAAAAGAAAGUUCCUCCCAAAGGGGCUGAGAGUGAGGAGGAGGCCACGGAGACCCUGCAGAAAAACUCCAACAAGAAGGGGAAAGCAAAGAAAUCAAAGAAGCAGCAGAAGGAGGAGAGGCCCCCGUCCCCUGUCAUCGAGGUGGACAACCUGGAGGAGUUUGUGCUGCAGCCCGCGCCACAGGGAGUGACUGUCAAGUGCCGGGUGACGCGGGACAAGAAGGGCAUGGACCGGGGGCUUUACCCCACCUAUUACCUUCACUUGGACAAUGACAAGAAGGUGUUCCUCCUUGCUGGGAGGAAGCGUAAGAAGAGCAAAACCUCCAACUACCUCAUCUCCAUUGACCCCACUGACCUGUCACGGGGUGGAGAGAACUUCAUCGGGAAGCUGAGAUCCAACCUGAUGGGUACGAGGUUCACCGUGUUUGACAACGGCGCAAACCCCGACAGGGCCAACGCUGACUGGUCCAACGUGCGGCAGGAGCUCUCGGCCGUGGUCUACGAGACCAAUGUUUUAGGGUUCAAAGGCCCCCGGAAGAUGACUGUGAUCAUCCCUGGGAUGAAUGCUGACUGUGAGAGGGUGCCCAUCCGGCCCCGGAACGAUAACGACGGCCUCCUGAUGCGAUGGCAGAACAGGAACAUGGACAACGUGAUCGAGCUGCACAACAAAGCUCCAGUGUGGAAUGAUGAGACCCAAUCCUACGUCCUCAAUUUCCACGGCCGGGUCACCCACGCCUCCGUCAAAAAUUUCCAGAUCGUGCACAGCAGUGACCCCGACUACAUCGUGAUGCAGUUUGGGCGUGUGGCGGACGACGCCUUCACCAUGGACUACAACUACCCCCUGUGUGCCGUGCAGGCCUUUGCCAUCGCCCUCUCCAGCUUCGAUGGGAAGCUGGCCUGCGAGUAG